AACUACCACUGUCGAGACACAGAGCACGUCUGUUUUCGAAACCGAAUCCCUCGUUUGAAACCCCACUUGCGUGUCAGCCAUUAACGCUCCCCUUUCCCGCGAAAAUCUCUCUCCUCUCCCCCUCCCCUCCCCUCCCUCAUCUCAAUCCUCAACACCUAAUUCCCCCAAAUUCAAUCCUCAAUAUCUCUGCAUCUAUUUCAAUCCAUUCCAUUCCAUUGCGUAUCUCUCUAUCUACCUAGAAGAUAAUCAUUAAAAGCCAGGAUUCUUUAUCCGAAUCCAUCAAUUAUCUUCCAUAUUUCCACAUCCGUUCGGUUUCUCUCUCUCUCUCUCUCUCUCUCUCUCUCUCUCUUCAUCCCCUGCCAUACCUUCACUCUCACCAAACUUUGAAUCCCGUCUUUUUCUCACACUAGAAUUUGUUACUUUCCACUCAUGAUCAAAUCCCGGGGUCCCAUCCAUGUCGACUCGACCGAACGUUCCGGAAAAUCCAGAAGAUUCGUCGGGUCCAAACCCUAGGGAUUCUUCGCCGCUGCCGCCGAGGGUGAAGCUGAGGAAGAUCCCGCCGAUUCCGGUCCGGAGGAGCCCCGGUGAGAGCGUGAUCGCGGACAGGAGCGACGAAGAAGAUGGAAGUGACGGAGAAGGAGCGGAAUCCGAAGAAGAGGCGUCGAUAGUGCUCGCUUCCUCGCUAGGGUUGAAUCACAUUCGGACUCGGUCGGCUCCCCUGCCUUCGCCCCUUCGGUUCUCGUCGUCGGGUGGCACUCCUUCGAAUCUCGGCAACGAUGCUGGUACGGGGAAGGAUGGUGUGUGCCCUAAGGCUAAUUUGUCAGUUCCUCAUAAUAACAACGCCACAUCCACGGAACAAGGUAGAAAGGUCCAACUGAAUCUAUCCAAAUCAUUAAGGGAUUCAGCACCAUUCAAUCUGGGAUUGGAGGGUCAGCAUGCAGCUUUUGCCAAGGAAAUCCAAUCUCCGCGAUUCCAGGCUAUACUACGUGUAACAAGCGGACGUAAAAAGCGAGCCCCAGAUAUUAAGAGCUUCUCUCAUGAGCUCAAUUCCAAAGGCGUGCGACCUUUUCCCUACUGGAAGUCUCGUGCAUUUGGUCAUAUGGAGGAAAUUAUGGUAAUGAUCAGAGCAAAAUUUGAUAGAUUAAAGGAAGAGGUUAACUCGGAUUUAGGUAUCUUUGCUGGAGAUUUGGUAGGUAUACUCGAAAAAGAGUCAGAUUUACACCCUGAAUGGAAAGAGAGUUUCGAAGAUCUGCUAGUGAUAGCCAGGCUUUGUGCAAAAAUGUCGCCAAGUGACUUUUGGUUGAAGUGUGAAGGCAUUGUUCAGAAGCUAGAUGACCGGCGUCAAGAGCUACCUGUGGGCACACUUAGACAAGUAUAUACCCGCCUUUUAUUUAUUCUUACUCGAUGCUCUCGGCUUGUGCAAUUACGAAAAGAAAGUGGUUAUGAAGACGAUCGCAUUAUGGGUCUGCACCAACUCAGUGACCUUGGUGUAUAUCCAGAACAAUACUUUGGGCCUCCACAACAAGAUUUCAUUAACUUGAUGGAGGGGAAGGAAGUUGCUCAAAGACAGACCAAGAAAGCACACGGGCAGGACCAAAGCAAUUUAGCUACCAUCAAAGAAGAUAAAGUAAAUGAAAAUUAUGCCAGUGGAGGUGACACUGGGGAGGUUAGUACUGCCAAAAGUGUUUCUUCAUCUACUGGCAGCUAUAGGAUGUCAUCAUGGAAGAAACUUCCAUCUGCAGCCGAAAAGAACCGUAAAGGCCCAGGUUCUGUUGACACCCCAUCUAAGGAUAAUUUGGGUCGCUUGCACAGUAAAGAUGAAACAGCUGGUGUUGAUGAUGGUACUGAAAAUCUGGAUACUCCGUUGUGCACACGUGACAAUUCAGAGACAUCAUCAAAAGUAAGAAAAGUUACCUGGGGAUAUUGUGGGGAUCAACGCAAUGUGAUCUAUGAUAACUCAUUUAUUUGUCGAAUAUGUGAGGUUGAAAUACCAACUGUACAUGUGGAGGAGCACUCCAGAAUUUGUACAAUUGCUGAUAGAUGUGACUUAAAAGGUUUAAGUGUAAAUGUACGGCUUGAUCGAGUUGCAGAAACUCUUGAAAAGAUACUGGAUUCCUGGUCACCAAAGAGCUCAGAUGGUGCACAAGGAAGUCAUGAGGUUGCAAGAGAAUCUAAUUCAAGCAUGCACGAACAAUUUUCCGAGCAGAGACAUAGCGUCUCUCGUCGCUGCUCUGAGGAAAUGCUUGAUUGUGUUCCUGAAGCUGAUACUGCUUGUGCGGUGGAUGAUCUGACCAUUUUUUCUGACAAGUCAUGUGAAACUCGUGCUCUUUUGGCACCUGAUCUAGGUAAGAAAGCCUCAUCGUCAGGAAGCUUAACGCCACGAUCGCCCUUACUAACCCCAAGAACGAGCCAAAUUGAAUUGCUAUUGACUGGCCAGAGAACAAUAUCGGAGCAUGAAAAUUACCAACAAAUAAACAGGCUAGUGGAUAUUGCUCGAUUGGUAGCCAAUGUAAACAAUACUGACUACAGUGCCUUGGAGUAUUUGCUUGACCGUCUAGAAGACCUAAAAUAUGCCAUCCAAGACAGGAAAGUGGAUGCCCUUGUUGUUGAAACCUUUGGAAGACGUAUAGAGAAACUAUUGCAGGAAAAAUAUGUGCAUCUUUGUGGGCAGAUAGAAGAUGACAAAGUGGAUUCAUCUCAUACAAUUGGUGAUGAAGACAGUUCUGUAGAAGAUGAUGUGGUCCGUAGUUUGCGAACAAGUCCUAUCAAUCCUUCUAAGGAUAGAACAUCUAUAGAAGAUUUUGAAAUAAUAAAACCAAUCAGCAGAGGCGCAUUUGGACGUGUUUUCCUUGCCAGGAAAUGGGCAACCGGUGACCUGUUUGCUAUAAAGGUUUUGAAGAAGGCUGAUAUGAUUCGUAAAAAUGCAGUUGAAAGCAUUUUGGCUGAGCGUGACAUCUUAAUAUCUGUUCGCAAUCCUUUUGUGGUCCGGUUUUUCUACUCCUUCACAGGUAGGGAAAAUCUUUACUUGGUCAUGGAGUACUUGAAUGGAGGAGAUCUUUACUCUUUGCUGAGAAAUCUAGGAUGCUUAGAUGAAGGCAUGGCACGUGUAUAUAUUGCAGAACUUGUCCUCGCAUUGGAAUAUUUGCAUUCCUUAAAUGUCAUUCAUAGAGACUUGAAGCCUGAUAACUUGUUGAUAGGUCCAGAUGGUCACAUCAAGUUGACAGAUUUUGGGCUCUCAAAGGUAGGUCUCAUCAACAGUACAGAUGACCUAUCAGGUCCACCAGUUAGUAGUACCACUACUCUUCUUGGCAUCGGUGAACCAAAGCCUGCAACCCAGCCAUCGAUAAAACGAGAAGAGCGCCAAAAACAAUCAGUUGUUGGCACCCCUGAUUAUUUGGCACCUGAGAUACUUCUUGGGACAGGACAUGGUGCUACAGCAGAUUGGUGGUCUGUGGGUGUUAUUCUUUUCGAGCUCCUUGUAGGAAUCCCUCCUUUUAAUGCCGAUCAUCCCCAGCAAAUUUUCGACAACAUUAUGAAUAGAUAUAUACCCUGGCCUAGGAUACCAGAGGAAAUGAGCUCUGAAGCACAUGACUUAAUUAACAAGUUGCUGAUUGAAAACCCAGUUCAAAGAUUAGGGGCAACAGGAGCCAGAGAGGUAAAGCAACAUCCUUUCUUCAAGGACAUCAACUGGGACACACUUGCAAGGCAAAAGGCGAUGUUCAUACCUUCAGCUGAAGCGCAUGAUACUAGUUAUUUUAUGAGCCGCUACAUUUGGAAUUCAGAAGAUGACAAUGUUGGAGGAGGCAGUGACUUUGAUGACCUGACUGACACAUGCAGUAUUUCUUGCAGCAGUGGUUCAUGCUACACACCCGAGGAAGAUGUGGAUGAUUGCGGACAUUUGGCAGACUUCAGUGCGCCAAACCUUAAUGUGCUCUACUCAUUUAGCAAUUUCUCAUUUAAGAACUUGUCUCAGCUGGCUUCGAUCAACUAUGAUUUUGUUGUAAAGAGCGCUCAGGAAUCACCAGAUGCCUCCAAACAGUCCAUUCCAUGAUAGUUUGUGUGAUUCCUUAAGCGGAAAGGUCCUGUUUCACCACUGGAUCUCCCUGCGCUCAGCUUGGCUUCCACAUGUCAGAUAAUGAUGAGAAGUUCCAAGUCUCGAAGCCCAGCAGCUCUUAUGGAGCCUCUAUCUUCGAGCUAGCUGAUAAGGACAAAAUGAGAUCACAACUAGGGUGAAGUAGGCAUGCAAAUGGCCUCAGUUUUGAAGAUGGAAGAAAGCCAUUUCAUUAGAAUGGGGAACGUGCAGAUUUAAUUUUGAUCACGUGUUCUGUUUGUGAAUACAUACAUGAUCUUUCGACAGGAUAGAUUUUAUUUUCUUUUUAGUCAGUUUUGGACCUUUUGGUCGUAUAGGAGUUCGUGGACAAUAGCUUUAGGGUGAAAUUUCACAAGUUUGUCUGGGAGAAGUUUUGUUUCUGUAUUUGAUUUCAUCCUAAGACAAACUGACAGAAUAUCAGGGUCUUCUGUUAUGUGUUGAAACUCACAAUGCUUAUUCUUUUUCACCACCA